AUGAAGAGACACAAGAAGUUCCUAUGUCCUGCUGCAAAAACUGUCAGAGAUUUGAAACAGCUACAGGAGCUGGUUGCCAAUAGCCAAGGCUCUGUUCUGUGCACCCGAGUCAGGUUUUCUGGAUGCUAUGUGUCAGUCAGUCCACAGACCGCUUACAUCCCACAACAUUCCCAAGUACCUCCUAAACCAGAUGAAAAAUGCCCCAAACUUCGACACCCGCUGGGCGUGCGCGUGUCUCCUGGUCUUCUCACUGCAAGCCGCUGGCGGGCAGCGCUUGCUGGCUUCGCCUUCCUGCGAGCUACGUGCCCUCCAUCGGAUACACUUAUAUGCCUCUGUGAUCAUCGUGGGGAGCAGCCGCCGCCGCCAGCACCGGCCCAGACUCCUGCUUCUUCUCUCGGCUCUGCCUCGGAUCACUGCUGUCCCUGCCUCAGCAGCUUCGGCCAGGGGUACCCGGGAGCCAAAGCAGGGACUGCAAGAGAAGACCUCGCGCGGGCGGACCUUCCUCCCCGGACCCCGAGACGAGCUCGCUGGGGGGAGGAGGAAGAGAAGGAGGAGGAGGAGGAGGUGGAGGUGGAGGAGGAGGAGGAGGAGGAGGAGGAGGAGAGGGGCGGUAGGGAAGGAGGGGUCUUGCCCGGAGGAGCCGCCACCGCAGCCAUGAGCGGCAGCGGUAGCGGCAGCAGCGCUAACCCUGCCGCCGCCGCCGCCGCCGCCGCCGCCUCCUCCUCUUCCUCGGCGACUGCCACCACCAGCACCAGCACGAGCGCCGGCGGCGGAGGCAAUGCAGGUGAAGGGGCGGAAGAGGCAGCCAAGGACUUGGCCGACAUCACCGCGUUUUUCAGAUCCGACCAUGGUUUAUAUCUGUCAUCUGAAGCCUGUGGUAAGUUCUGAUUCUAGUAGUGAGUCUCUCUUCUUUUCAGAAAAAAAAGUUUCAGAAUGAACUAGUAAACUUGAAGGAAAAUAUUAAAGACAAGAUUUUUUAUAUUUUAAAUAUGUUUUAUGCAUUUUUAAAUAUUAAAAACCAUGCAUCAUGAUAUGGAGUACUUUUUCAAUUAUCUAGUGUUUUACUUUUACUGUAAAAAAGAUCCUAACUUAGGAUGUUACUGUGCUCCAUUAUAAUCUUUUAGUUUAAAGUUAAUUUACCCUAUUUAAACAAAUCCUUUGUAAUUUUU